UUUAUUUUGGUAUCUCUUAACCGGAAGUGUGUCCUGAGUAGGACCCGGUGUUUAUUUCCUUUUCCUGGAGUCACAAUAUAUCCGCCUCACGAUGAAAAAUGCCGCUGUAACAAUAUUAUUUGCCACAUUUUGGUCAGCGGGCAGCGUUAAUGUCGAGGAAAGUGCUGAGCAUUUCUUCAGCAGCGGUCACACCAACAACUGGGCAGUUCUGGUGUGCACCUCCAGAUUCUGGUUCAACUACCGUCAUGUGGCCAACACACUGUCAGUCUACAGAAGUGUCAAGCGUCUAGGCAUCCCUGAUAGCCACAUAGUUCUGAUGCUGGCAGACGACAUGGCUUGUAAUCACAGAAACCCCAAGCCUGCUACAGUGUUCAGCCACAAAAACAUGGCGCUGAACGUGUACGGCGAUGACGUGGAGGUGGAUUACCGAGGUUAUGAGGUGACGGUGGAGAAUUUUCUCCGAGUUCUGACCGGAAGGCUUCCGCCCAGCACGCCUCGCUCCAAGCGUCUCCUGUCUGACGACCGAAGCAACAUCCUCAUUUACCUAACAGGCCAUGGUGGCAAUGGCUUCCUGAAGCUCCAAGACUCUGAGGAGAUCAGCAAUGUGGAGCUGGCAGACGCCUUCGAACAGAUGUGGCAGAAAAGGAGGUAUAAUGAGCUGCUGUUCAUCAUCGACACCUGUCAGGGAGCCUCCAUGUACGAGAGGUUCUACUCGCCUAACCUCAUGGCUUUGGCCAGCAGUCAAGUUGGAGAGGACUCCUUGUCGCACCAACCUGAUUUGGGCAUUGGAGUUCAUCUGAUGGACCGUUACACCUUCUACAUGCUGGAGUUCCUGGAAGACAUCCACCCUGCCAGCAAAACUAACAUGAAUGACCUGUUCAAAGUAUGCCCCAAGAGCCAGUGCGUGUCCACACCGGGCCACCGUACAGACCUGUUCCUUAGAGACCCAGGAAGUGUCCUCAUCACCGACUUCUUCGGCAGCGUCCGCAAGGUGGAGCUCACCAUGGAAACCAUCAACUUGACCGACCCCAUAAAGCUGGUGAAGGAUGAGUACGACGUCGGAGAGCUGCAAAGGGAGACUCACUCGUACAUGGAUCAACUACCAGUGUCACAGAUCAUCCAUCAGAAGCCCAAACAGAAAGACUGGCACCCUCCGGACGGCUUCAUCCUCGGCCUGUGGACCCUCAUCCUGCUGGUGUUUUUCAAGACAUACGGCAUCAAGCACCUCAAGCACAUCUUUUGAGGCGUCCCUGCCGCUUCGCUUUUGCGGCUGUCGACCUGGAGAGGACGGGGGGGGCCUUCACUGUAGCCACGUUCAAAGGGAAGGUGGAGCUUGAGAAGCUUUUACACUGGAAAUUUGCCUGAAAUGUGAUGUAUUUUAAGUUAUAAGAGGAGGAGGGGCGAGUGGGGGUUGUUUGCAGCCACCGGGACUAUCACUUCUUGAAUGAGGUUCCUUUACAUAUUUCUCCGCAUUUUCUUGAGGGAAAUACAGAGCCGGGGCCGGCUGAUUGGCAGAGAGAUGACUGCAUCACACCCCCUGACUGUCACAUCAUGCGCUGGAAGGAUAACAAUCCAGCAUAUUAUCACAUCUACACUUUCUUUUUCACCAAAUUGCCCUACCUGAAUUAACGUGUACGCCGCCAAAUGCAUUUCCGGUUGAUGGACGGCGUUUCUGUGGCCGUUCCCAGUCCGACGAUAAGUGACUUUUAAACCAGUAAGCCGUGGGUUGUCCCGAAUGAAUCUCCUCCAUGAUAUAAUGUGACUUUUUUGUUUUUUCUUCAGUUCUCUCUUUUCCUUUCAUUCCUCACACUUCAGUGUACAUCACCGUCUCAUUGUCGGGAGGAGUGAUUGAUGACCUAAGUGUGCGGAUCGGACGCCGUAGUACGCCCAGGGCUUCAGUACUAAUGCCAGAUGUAUUGGAGGACAGCUGCUGUAUCAGCCACCGGGUAACUUUCUUCUCCACAUCAUUAAUGCAAUGUUAAUCGCUUUCUUCCUCGUUUUGCGAUCACAUACUCCAAGCAAAUUUUAUUGCUUCUUUAUUCCGUGAUUAAAGAUGAAACGAUAAUUGAAAAAUA